CCAGCGUGUCUUUUCUAUGUGUAAUUAAACCAAAAUCCAGACGAUGCCAUCGGGCAUGUAAACGGGAGUGUCUCUCUUCCAGCCUCCAAGAAACACUCCCAUCCUCAAGCUGCACCAAAGGACACAACCACGCGAGCCUCUUUUUCUAAAAGGCGCAUGCGCUCUCUCGGCGGCGACCGUUAGCCCUUCCAAAUCUUCAAACGCCUCGCCGUCCAUUAAGACUACCCCUCCCAUGACUCUGCGCGAGGAGGUGAAGUGUCUCGCGCACGCGCGAGGCGCGCUCGCUGCGUCAUUUGACGCAAGAGGGCAGAGGGAGGAGGAGGUGGGCGGUUCGAUUGCGUCAGCGCGCCUACUGGCUGUUCUCCGCGCCUCUGCCCCCUCCCCCGCCCCAGAACGUUGCUGUGGUAGCGCCUGGGCGCCAUGUUAGGAGGCCGGAGGGGAAGAGGAGGAAGAAGAAGCGGCAGGAGCAGCAGCCGGAGCCACCGCCAGCCCUAGCGAGCGGUCCCUCCUUCCCCUCCCCCUCCGCGAGAGGGCCCCAGGCAGGCCCGUAUCAUGCUCACGGCGCCCGCGUCCCAGGGGCGGGAAGAGUGACUGUUCCGAGGAAGAGCUGGCGGCGUUUCACCACAGCCGGAGAGACGAUGCCGUUUCCAGUUACAACCCAGGGAUCACAACAGACGCAGCAGCCGCAGAAGCAUUAUGGCAUUACCUCACCUAUCAGUUUAGCUGCCCCCAAGGAGAGUGACUGUGUACUUACUCAGAAAUUAAUUGAAACCCUAAGACCUUUUGGUGUCUUUGAAGAGGAGGAAGAACUGCAACGCAGAAUUCUAAUUUUGGGGAAACUAAAUAACCUCGUAAAGGAGUGGAUACGGGAAAUCAGUGAAAUUAAGAAUCUUCCACAGUCUGUAAUAGAAAAUGUUGGAGGGAAAAUUUUCACAUUUGGAUCGUAUAGAUUAGGUGUGCACACAAAAGGUGCCGAUAUUGAUGCAUUGUGUGUGGCACCAAGGCACGUAGACCGGAGUGACUUCUUCACCUCAUUUUAUGAAAAACUCAAACUGCAGGAAGAAGUAAAAGACUUACGGGCUGUUGAAGAAGCAUUUGUUCCUGUCAUCAAACUGUGUUUUGAUGGAAUAGAGAUUGAUAUCUUGUUUGCCCGACUAGCACUGCAAACUAUUCCUGAAGACCUAGACCUUCGAGAUGAUAGUCUACUAAAAAAUCUAGACAUUAGAUGCAUACGAAGUCUUAAUGGUUGCAGGGUAACCGAUGAAAUUCUCCAUCUAGUACCAAACAUUGACAAUUUCAGGUUAACACUGAGAGCUAUCAAACUGUGGGCCAAACGGCACAACAUCUAUUCCAAUAUACUAGGUUUCCUUGGUGGAGUUUCCUGGGCUAUGCUAGUAGCAAGAACAUGCCAGCUUUAUCCAAAUGCAAUAGCAUCAACUCUUGUACAUAAAUUUUUCUUGGUAUUUUCUAAAUGGGAAUGGCCAAAUCCAGUGCUAUUGAAACAGCCAGAAGAAUGCAAUCUUAAUUUGCCUGUAUGGGACCCAAGGGUAAAUCCCAGUGAUAGGUACCAUCUUAUGCCUAUAAUUACACCAGCAUACCCCCAGCAGAACUCAACCUACAAUGUGUCCGUUUCUACCCGUAUGGUCAUGGUUGAAGAAUUUAAACAAGGUCUUGCUAUCACAGAUGAAAUUUUGCUGAGUAAAGCAGAGUGGUCCAAACUUUUUGAAGCUCCAAACUUCUUUCAAAAGUACAAGCAUUAUAUUGUACUUCUAGCAAGCGCACCAACAGAAAAACAACGACUAGAAUGGGUUGGCUUGGUCGAGUCCAAAAUCCGUAUUCUGGUUGGAAGCUUGGAAAAGAAUGAAUUCAUCACACUGGCUCAUGUAAAUCCUCAGUCAUUCCCAGCACCCAAGGAAAAUCCUGACAAGGAAGAGUUUCGUACAAUGUGGGUGAUUGGGUUAGUGUUCAAGAAAACGGAGAAUUCUGAAAAUUUAAGUGUCGACCUUACAUAUGACAUCCAAUCCUUUACUGACACUGUUUAUAGGCAAGCAAUAAACAGCAAGAUGUUUGAGAUGGAUAUGAAAAUUGCUGCAAUGCAUGUUAAAAGAAGGCAACUUCACCAACUGCUACCUAGUCAUGUGCUUCAGAAAAAGAAAAAGCAUUCAACAGAAGGGGUCAGGUUGACAGCGCUGAACGACAGCAGUCUAGACUUAUCUAUGGAUAGCGAUAACAGCACGUCUGUGCCUUCUCCUACAAAUGCUAUGAAGACAAGUCCACUAAAUAGUUCCGGCAGUUCUCAGGGCAGAAGCAGUCCUGCUCCAGCUGUGACGGCAGCAUCUGUGACCAGUGUGCAGACUUCUGAAGUCAGUGUGCCACAAACAAAUUCCAGUGAAAGCUCAGGGGGUACUUCAAGUGAAAGCAUUCCUCAAACUGCCACACAGCCAGCCAUCUCUCCACCACCAAAGCCUACCAUCCCUAGAGUUCCUUCAACUCGUCUGCUAAACCAGUCACCAAGACCUUCAGGAAACACUGCAACAAAUAGCCUGAAGAGGACAUCGUCUCCUCAUAAAGAAGAGUCUCCCAAAAGAAUUAAAACUGAACAGGAUGAUGUGAAUGACGAUGCCAGUUGUCUUGAUAUGAGUGAUCAUGAGAAAAUGGAAACCAAGGACCUACUUGAUACAGAAUUGGAUACUGCUUCUCAAACUGAAUCUCUUCAGACAGUAUCUCUGCAAGCUCCUCAGAAAAUGCCCAGUACAGACCUUUCAGAUAUCCCUGCUCUCCCUGCAAAUCCUAUUCCGGUUAUCAAAAAUUCAAUAAAACUAAGAUUGAAUCGGUAAAACAAACCUCAGGGGUCCAUAAACAGUAUCUGCCAAUUCAACCCGUUGUCUUCUAACGCUGAAUGGAGAACAGAGGGUGCAAGACGAGAAUGUGAACACAGAUGGAUUUGGGUAUAUUUUGUGCACUUCCCUUGCUGGGCUAUAAUUACUUGAUCUGGACAUCCAGGUUAGUAUGUGAAAGCCAGGAGUACUGUUAAUGUGUUAGCAACAGUUGCAUUAAAUACUUCCAAGGAUUACUGCCUUUAAAAAGGAAUGGGAAUACUAUUUCUAGCCAUAUUUGACUUACUGAUUGGGUUUAUGUUGAUGCAUCGUUUGGAAAGGAAAAACAAAAUGGAGAUAAAACUGGCAAAAGAAUCCCUUAAAUGCACUUUUAUGUACUUUUUUAUUGGAAUAUGACUAAUUUUAGCGCUUCGGCUUGAUAGAUUUUAUUUUUAUUGAAGAGAUUCUUCAAUAUUGGUGACCUUCAAAUUAGAAAAAGGCCUGAUAUAUUGUGUACUGAAGGUAAAGAAAGUGUGCACUAUAUCUUGCUCAGUUACCAUUAAACAGCAGUAAACCUUUAAAAGAAAAUGUCAAACCUUGAGGUUACGAGUUUUGAGAAAACAAAUAUUGGGUAUUUGAUAGGGCAUGAUUAAGAAGUGGUCUACUUUUAUUUAUCAGAUUAUUUUAUGGUGUAUGCAAAUCAGCUAUCAAAAAGCAAAUAAUUUUUUUUUCCUUUGAGCUAAUCAGAACUCCUCUUUGUUCUCAUCCUGUUACCAUAUUCUUGGAGGGGAAAAAAACCUUGCAUUUGCCUUGUUUUUUCAGUUUGUAUGCACAAAAUUGGACUAAUUUCAGUUGAAUGUUGGUAUUAUUUUUUACUUGGUCAUGAUGGUUACAUAAGCCCUGUAACUUCAUGGCCCUAAGACAAACGCCAUGUUUUUUCCCUUAACUGAAACUGAGUGAAUAAAGUGUGCCUGUGAAGAAGCAGAAUGCCUGUCUUGAUGGCCUUUCAUCACUAAAUAUAAGAGUUUUGUACACUCCAUAAAAGUCUUGUCUGCAUUAAUGAACAUCUCAGAUUUUAAAUAUGAAGGCAGAUCUCUACCCUAGGAUUUUAACAGUUUUUAUUUUUUAGGUAGCUCAUCUGAAAGUAGUUUUACAUUCUGAGUGUUUAAUUUUUUUAAAUCACAUUUCUAGCAGGCACUUAAAAGAUCCGAUAAGCUCUCCUUAGCCCCGGGUGUCUUUGUUUUGUUCUGUAGAGCUAUCAAAAUGAUUAGCAGCUACUUUGUGUAAAAGAAAUGAAAAUCUUUCAUGACUCAGCUGCAGAACGUGAGGAAUGCCAGUGAUCUCAAAAAUGGAUAAAUAAACUACAUGUUAACUUAGAUUCAAUCAAAAAUUAAGUGGGAUGGGUAAAUUGCCCUUCCCAUAUUUUCUGAUCAGCAUGUUUGAUAACUUCCUUCCCUGCAUUGUGCUCAAAUCCUCCUACAUGUGCAUUUCCAUGUUAAAGUAAAAUUACUUGCUCUUUCCCCCUUCCCUAUAAGUUAAUUUUCCAAAGUCAAUUGUAACUUAUCCCCCUACCUCUCCAGCUGUGCAGUAACCAAGAUUUUUAUUUUCUGCCCUCUUGUCUACAAUGUCUAGUAUACAAAAUUCUUGCCCUAGCCCGAUACAGCCUCCUGUGGUCUAACCUUUCACCCCACUGAACAUGGCCCUGCACCUCUCCCUCUCCUUCCUGUUCUCACCUGCCACCCAGUCCAAAAGGAUUAACUAACAAUUGAAGUGUACAAGCUGUCUGUGUAUUUUGUGUAGCUAUGGACUAUAGAUCGAACUUGCCAGGCACAGAUUUAGUCUCGUUUUGUUUACACAUCAGGAAAUCCUUUUUUUUUUUUCCAUUUUAUUAAACGUUUCAUGUAUCUGCAAGCCAAGUUUUGCCAAGCUGGAAACUUGGAAUCUUUUCUGUAUAGUGACUUUUUAAUUCUAGUUUUCAUAACCUGGAGAUCAGACUGUUGCUUUCGCAUGAUGUACGUAGGUGUCUCAUGACUGGAGUUGCUUUGUUUUAUAGUAUCUGUACUCCUUGUAUUUUUCAAGAGCUAUUUUGUAAACAGAUAAUGUAUUUCUCCAUGGAAAACAAUAAAAAAAACAGCACAAUC